UAGGGAAGAUUAUAUCAGACGCUGAUGAAAAUAGGCCAUUAAGAAAUAGAAUGCAGCACUAUCAGAUAUCGAUUUAUGAAAUAUUCCACAGUAAAUAGAUUAUAAAAUAUGGAUUGGAAAACCACAGUGGCAGUAAUGUCUGACAGAGUCUUUCCAGGAAUUUCCAACAUUACCGAAAAACAAGGGAACGAAGUUAAGUCAAAUUUGCCCCUACAGAUGUCACUCUACUUCAAUGUAAUUUACGCGCCUUUUUGGUUUUUUAUUAUACUCACCUACCUCAACGAAAAGUUGGAGGAUUUUACGCAUCUUCAUAAGUUUGUUAUUAUAACGACAAUAUCCAUUGCUAUUCUAGUUGAAAUAUUAAGACUCUACUUGGGUUAUGAAGGAAAUCUUAAGGAUAAGGUUCCUGAGCUAGCUGGUUUUUGGAUGUUAUCAAUACUACUUCAGUUCCCUGUGCAGGGCAUAUUGCUGUUCACUCCCCAUUUGAACUUCAGAGUUUUAGAUAUAAUUUCCCAAUCGAUCAUGUUCAUAAUGCUCAUUGCAGAAAUAAUUUCAGGUUACAUAGCGCUCAAAUUCACAGCAGCGCAACAAGCUAUUUUUUUCAGGAUAAUGAAAAUGGAUGGGGAUAUUUCUAUGGCAGAUAUCCAGGAAAAAUAUAGAAUAAACUAAAUACAUAUAUUUAUAGGUAAUGGUUAUCGAAUAAAAAUGUUCAAAUGUU